AUGAGGUGGGGCAUUGCCCAAUCAUCACCCCUCAACUCUUUCCCCAGCUCGCCCCCAAAAGGAGAGGACACGGGUCAGGAACAGAGCUUAGGUGACCAACACCAACACAUCAGCGCUUGCAGCCUGGCCAAUUUGCUAGCUGCCUUGCCAUCUGCAACAUCACCACAUUCUCUCCUUUGCUGGACAUUGGAAAAUAUGUCCGAGUUCCUCGAUGCCUACUGGCAGGCGCCGCCUGUUGCAAGAACAUUUGCAACAGCCGCGUUCGUCACCUCUCUUUCUGUUCUCCUGGGCGUCGCAAACGGAUACUGGUUCAUCUUCAUGCCCCAGUUUCUCUUCCAGAUCCCGCCUCAGAUUUGGCGUCUCGGGACCAACUUCUUGCUCACCGGCCCCCAACUUGGCCUGCUCUUUGACACGUACUUCCUGUACCACUACCUGACGGCGCUCGAGGUCGGCAACCCUAGGUUCGCCAGGCGCGAGGAUGUCAUCUGGUAUCUCAUGUUCGUUUGCACUGUCAUCACGCGGUUCCUGGAAAUGAGGAAGAUUACCCUCACGGCGCGACCCGUCCUCUUUCGCUUUAGGGACGUGGCUUGUGGCGUGGGCAUGCGCCCUACAUAUCAACACCUGAACUCUGGGUUUUUGUUUCUCUUGUUCACUGUUUAUACCAUUGUCAUGACCAUCAUUAUCAUCAUCCAGCUUCGGCCCAAAGGAGCAUGCGCUAAUAUCGCACAGGCACUCUGCACCUACCUCAUGGGCGGAGGAGCCUUCCUGCCGGCUUUGAUUCUCGCCAUGUGCCGUACCGUCACCCAAGACCAGCGUGGGAUGAAGGCCAACUUUUACUUCGUCACCAUCCCCGCCCAGCUCACUCCGUUCUGCAUGAUGCUCGUGUCGUUGCUGUUCCCUGGCGGAUACUACACCGCUAUGCUCCAGCUUAUGGGCUUCCUGGCCGCUCACCUCUACGAUUUCCUGUCCCGCGUGUGGCCUGAGUUCAGCGGAGGCAGCAACCUGAUCCCUACACCCGGCUUCCUGUCUCGUCUUGUGCAGACGCCUCGCUUUAAUCAGCGUGGAUACGGAACCGCUGUUCGCGGUGGUGGUGGCUCCGCCCAAACUUCGGGUAGCAGCACUGGUGUAUCACAGGGCGGCGGUGUUUUGCCCGAGUCGUGGAGGACAAGAGGACCUGGCAGACGUCUGGGUUAA